UAGAGCGCCUCUCUUCCGCCAGCCGUCCCCGAGAUUCCGGUGGCUUCUGUUUCCGGCUACGGCUUUUGUCAUAAAGCGACACCUCCCUUCAAGCGUGGCGUCGUGGGCCCUCCGCGCUCACCCGGGGUCAGAGAGCAAGACAGGCCCGGGCGUGGGUGCUUGCAGCCGGCAGUUGGAGUCAGUCCUCGCGUCUCGCGCCCGCACUGGCACCUCUGGUUCCUCAGAGCCGGCUGGCUUUGCGCCUCCACGAUUGAAGAGGUCCUGGCUCGCAGCUCCGGGACUGAAGCUCCAGAGGACCGCGCUCCUUCGCCCGCACCUGCCCCCGCAGUCACCCUCUACCCUGUGAGGUGCAGCAUUUGACAAGUCACUCCUCCGCACAUAUCACUUCCAUCCCUGUCCUAGUGAACUGCGUUCUUCACUUCCUUGAGAGCCCCCAUCUCCAGAAGAGGUCUUUUCCCCCCAGCUGAAUUUCGCCUGUAAAAUUUAGAAGUCUGUAGUUUCGAGUAUCAUGCAGAAAUUUCACCUUUAAGACUGUUCACCCAUUUGAUAAUUCCUUCUCCCAAAGGUCUAUGCUUACAAGAGAGUGGGGGAAAGUGAAAGCCAGUACACACUAUGGCUGAGCACGGGGCUCACAUCACAACUGCUUCUGUGGCGGAUGACCAGCCUUCCAUCUUUGAGGUGGUAGCACAGGACAGUUUAAUGACAGCAGUAAGACCUGCUCUUCAGCAUGUGGUCAAGGUUCUUGCAGAAUCAAAUCCCUCCCACUAUGGCUUCUUGUGGAGGUGGUUUGAUGAAAUCUUUACUCUGCUAGAUCUUCUGCUCCAGCAGCAUUAUCUGUCUAAAACCAGUGCCUCAUUUUCUGAAAACUUUUAUGGCUUAAAGCGAAUUGUAAUGGGGGACACUCAAAGGUAUCAGAGAUUGGCCAGUGCUGGUCUCCCAAAGAAGCAACUUUGGAAAUCAAUUAUGUUCCUCGUUCUUCUUCCCUAUCUGAAAGUGAAGCUGGAGAAGCUGGUUUGUAGCCUGAGAGAAGAGGAUGAAUAUUCUAUUCAUCCCCCUUCUUCCCACUGGAAACGAUUUUACAGAGCCUUCCUGGCAGCCUACCCAUUUGUUAACAUGGCCUGGGAAGGUUGGUUUCUUGUACAACAACUUCAAUACAUCCUAGGAAAAGCUCAGCAUCAUUCACCACUGCUGAGGCUGGCUGGAGUUCGGCUAGGUCGACUGACAGUUCAGGAUAUACAAGCUCUGGAGCAUAAACCAGAUGAAGCCAGUGUGAUGCAGCAGCCUGCGAGGAGUAUUAGUGAGAAGAUAAAGUCAGCUCUGAAGAAAGCUGUGGGCGGUGCUGCCUUAUCCCUCUCUACUGGCCUUUCUGUGGGGGUAUUCUUUUUGCAGUUCCUUGACUGGUGGUACUCAUCUGAAAAUCAAGAAACCAUCAAAUCAUUGACUGCCCUGCCUACUCCACCACCACCUGUACACCUAGACUACAAUUCUGAUUCUCCCCUCUUACCCAAAAUGAAGACCGUGUGCCCACUGUGUCGUAAAACUCGGGUGAACGAUACUGUUCUUGCCACCUCUGGCUAUGUGUUUUGUUACCGCUGUGUGUUUCAUUAUGUGAGGAGUCAUCAAGCUUGUCCCAUCACAGGUUAUCCAACAGAAGUACAACAUCUGAUUAAACUGUACUCCCCUGAGAACUAAAAGGAGCUUGUAUCUUCUCUCACAACAAAAGUAUUGCACUAUAAGGACACGAGGCUGGUUUUGAGCAUGGUUUAUAGCAUUGAUACUUCUUAGCCUUAAUUCACAACUAUAUACAUUUUAAAUUACAUGGAUUUCUUUAAAGGAUAUACCCAUGAGAUUCUAACCUUUUAGCCUGCUUUCUAGACCCCCUACUUACAGCUGACCAAGCUGAUUUUAGUAGGAGAAUCAGGACUGGCAGGAAAUGUGAGGGCCAACAUAGAG